CCCUUCUCUCUCUCUCUCCUUCCCAGCCACGGCUCCACUCCUCUCUCUCCUCUGGAAGACGCGGUGAUCAAUACAGGAAGGGCCAGGCCACUGAUACUAACCAGAGCCUCCCCAGCCAUUGACCUCACCGCACGUCACUGCCCCGACAGUCCUUUCAGGUUAGGCAGAGGUUCACUUGCACCUCCUCCAACCUCAUCUACUGUACCCGUUGUUCAAGAUGUUGACUCUUAUACAUCGGCGAGACCAAACACAGACUGGGCGAUCGUUUCGCAGAACACCUUCGCUCAGCCCAUGUGAACCAACCUGAUCUCCCAGUUGCUGGACACUUUAAUUCUCCUUCGACAUUCCUAGACCUUUCUGUCCUUGGUCUCCUCCAUUGUCAGAGUGAGACUAAACACAAAGAACAGCAUCUCAUAUUUCGCUUGGGCAGCUUACAGCCCAGUGGUAUGACUUUUGAUUUAUCUCACUUCAGGUAGCCCCGGCAUUCCCUCUGAAGAAGGGUUUUUCGGCCCGAAAAGUUGCCAAUCUCCUUCGCUCCACAGAUGCUGCUGCACCCACUAAGUUUCUCCAGCAUUUUUGUUUAACCUCUCUCUCUAUCCCUCCCCCACCAAAGUCACACUAGCUUUUCAUUUUCACCCUACAAACAGCUCACUUACGGUAAAUGGUAAAGAAAACGGCUUGUUUUCUUUACCAUCCUUACUUUUUUGCAUAUCUUUCAUUCAUUGUUCUUUAUCUCUCCACAUCACCAUUGAUAUCACUUGUUUCCCUUAUCCCUAACCAUUCUGAAGAAGGGUCUCGUCCUGAAACGUCACCCAUUCCUUCUCUCCAGAGAUGCUGCCUGUCCCGCUGAGUUACUCCAGCUUUUUGUUUCUAUCUUCGGUUUAAACUAGCACCUACAGUUCCUUCUUACACAUACCUCCUCUGGUAGCUCAUUCCAUAUACCUAACAGCCUCUGAGCGAAGAAAUUGCCCCUCUGGUUUCUAUUAAAUCUUUCCCCUCACACAAUUAUGACUUCUGAUUCUUCAUUCCACUACCCUGGGUAAAAGUGUGCAUUCAUCCUAUCUCUUCCCCUCAUGCCGUCUUUUCACAGCACAUUCACUGAGUGAUUUGAAUUUUAAAGUCCCACCCCGGCUGGUAUGGUGGAAACAGAACACCCAUCCCUACAUUAACAGAGGGUGUGGGUGUCAAUGCAAUGACCACACAGUGCAAGUGCACACCACUCUUCAUGCACAACCCACGCAUAAGUGUUCCUCAUCUCAUGGAGACUAGCAAAGACGUUUAUGGUGGAUUGGUGACGUGUCGGAAUUCCAAUGUUGCAGUGAUUGAGUACAGCUAACACCAUGCGGAAGAGGACCCCACAACUUGUAAUCAGUGGACCACAAGCAUCAAAUAGUGAUAUGCAAAGCCCGGUCUCCUCUGUUAUAAAUCCAAGGACUAGAUCACCGUCCCCAACAAGUAGACCUCAUACUCCAGAUUUAUACAACCCCUCUGAUUUUGCCGUGCAGCAGCUUGAUAUCAGUGAUGAAAGCGAAGGAGGAUCUGCCAUUACAUAUUACACUGGAAGGGAUACAGUUUCUAAGAGCCCUGGAAUCCGAUACAUCACUGAGAACCUGAUCAAAAAAUUGUCAAAACAAGAACAGUUGAGUUCUGUCCAGUCCCUCAAUCUUUGCCUAUCGAAAGCAGGAGGGAAGAAGUUUAAGUUUAUAGAAAAGCUAGAGAAAUGUGACCAUCUACUUGUCCUGAAUUUGAACAAUAAUGUUAUUGAGAAAAUAGAAAAACUGGACAAACAAUUGAAGCUACGUGAACUUAGUCUUUCAUACAAUCGAAUCCGUAAAAUUGAAGGUCUGGAGCACAUGGUAAACCUUCAGAAUCUGAUGCUUGCUGGAAAUUAUAUUGAACAAAUUCCUGCAUGGGUUGGAAAGAAGUUGCGAUCUCUUCGUGUCCUCAGCCUCAAACAGAACAAUAUUACAUUGCUUCAAGAUAUAUCCAAACUGAAAUCUUUGAAAGAGUUGACUUCACUAAUCCUGACAGAUAAUCCUUUAGCUAGUCUUCCACAUUAUCGACAGUAUGUCAUAUAUCACUUACGCUGUUUGAACUAUUUGGAUGGGCGGCCAAUAACUUUCCAGGAAAGACAAGAGGCUCACGAUCGAUUUCAUUUAGAGGAACUAGAGAAUCUUGAGAACGAACUUGAAAGGAAGAAGAAAGAGAUUCAAUUGUUAGAACAGAAGCAAUCCAAAACAAUGGAGAACGUCAAAAACCAAGAACAACUGAACAAGUCACUUCAGCUAGAACACCAACGACAGAAGAACAGCUGCAAUGAACUGGAGACGGAGGUGGAGACCAAGAAUGAGCUGCUUAAGCGGAAGACAGCAGAACUAACGCGGGCUUGUCAAAAGCAAUACCAGCUGGAGCAAGAAUUAGCAUUUUACAAGAUUGAUGCCAAGUUUGAACCGCUGCAUCACGUCCCAACUGAAAAUUUUGAUGUGGAUGAUAUUCUAAAUGAGAGUCCUUACAUUGGGAAGGCCAUGUACAAGAGAAACCAAUACAUCCAAGAAGCACAUAUCCUUGCCCCUGAGCAGCAUGGAAACAUUGGAAAAAUUCAAUUUGAUGCCGAUGAUGAACAAAAGAAUGAAUUAAGAGUAAAACUUAAUCAGGCACUGGAUGUCCAGCUGAAAGAUAAGGAAAAGAAAAUUCUGAAAGCUGAAGAGUCACUAAGACAACUGCAGGGUGAAAAAGAAAAGACACAACAGCAAGUUUUGAGAACGGUUGAAGAACUAAAAAAUCUGGAAGAGUUAACUGCACAGAAACAGAUUUCGGAACUUGAGAAAGAGCAGCUACAACAGCAGUUAGCUGAGAAGCUCCAGCUUAUUAACCAUUUGCGGAAAGAGACUGAGAAAGUGGAGCAGCAGAUGGAAAGACAAUGGAAAGAGAUGGAAAGAAAACAGCAUGAGAUUCUUGAUCUUGAAAGGGACUUGAAGUCUAUUGAUCCUAAAGAUCCAAAACAUGCACAUUUGAGAGCUCAGAUGGUGAGUAAAACCCAACAGCUUGACAUGAUGUCCAAGCAAUACAAGCAGUUGGAGAAACACCUAGAUGAAAUGCUUUCUAGGAUUGUGAAAGAAACUGAGAGCAUCAAAGAUCUGGAAGAGCAGCUGACUGAAGGCCAGAUAGCAGCUAAUGAAGCAUUGAAACGAGACCUGGAGGGUAUUAUUGCUGGAUUGCAGGAGUAUUUGGAGAGUGUAAAGGGACAGGCAAAGCAAGCUCGGGAGGAAUGCACAGAGUUGCAGAAGGAAAAGGGGACACUAUUGCAUCGACUGGCUGACCUGGAACAACAGAAGAAUCAACUAGAAAUAGUUGCCAUGGAUGCAGAUAACUUGAGAAAGGAACUGUCUGACAUGGAACGUUCUUUACAAGAACAGCAGGAAUUGAAUGAAUCCUUGCGCCAUGCUCAAGGUGACUUCAGUGAGUAUGAGGCUGAAUUAGAAUCUCAACUUCAAGCAAGGGACAUUGAAGCAAACCAACUAAGAGAGGAACUGGAUCGACUGCGGAAGCUCAGUCAAAUGGAACAAUCUGCCCUGCAAGCUGAAUUGGAAAAGGAAAAACAAGCAUUGGAGAAUGCUUUAGUACAGACUCAACUAGUGGCUGAAAAGGAGCAUGUAAACAAAAAGCUUGUUGCACAAGUAAAAAAUCUACAGAUUGAUAACUCCUUGUUGAAAGAACAGCUUAAGGAGUUACAGUCUCGCAUGAAUCAAGCAAGCAAGACCAUGAUUCACCCAGAUGAGGUGUCUGCUCGUAUCUCUGAACUUCGAAGAAAACUGGAUUCUGGUAUUUGGGAAAUCAGGCCUUAUAACCAAGGAGAUACUUUGGGGAGGAACCUUGCCGAAUUGCAGAAGCAGUUGAAUGAAAUUCUAAGGCGUUCACAACAAGAAAAAGAGGAAGUAUUAUGUCACUGCAGGAGAUUAGAGCAGGAAAUGAUGACAUUACAGGAAGAAUUGAAGAAUACUCAGGAGAAUUCCAAAAGCGCUUAUGAGAAAGCAGCAGAGACAUUGAUAAAGUCUGAGAAGCGGAUUGGCCAAGCUCAAGCACAGCAGCUGAAGAAUAAAAUUGCAAGUCUCCAGGAACAAUUGAGAAAUAUGCAAGAGUUACAGGCUCUUGCCGACAAGCAGCUCCAGGAGGCGGACGAAGACCGGGAUCAACUUUUACAAGAACUUGAAGAUAAAGAGAACAAAGGUAAAAUGGAGGAUGCAAGAACUCACUUAAAGUUGUGUAAUCUUGAGAAGGAAGUGAAAGACUUGAAGGCAACCAUGACUGCUUCUGACAAGAUGGAUUCCAAAGAGCUCUUCACGGCCAAGAACCGCAUGAGAGCUCUUCGGGGAACUGUUCAAAAACUCAAUCAAGAGAGGACAGAGGAAAUGGAAAUAGCAGAAAAGUUCCACGCUGAAUCAAUUCGGGCGGCUCGAGGUCUUGCCAAAGCAGAGGCUGAAAUUGAGCUGCUGCAAAGCCUACUAAAGGACAAAGAAAACCAGAUUCUGGAUGAAAUGCAGACUUUUGAAUUUGGAGCAAAAAGUGUGAAUACCCAGCAGCUGGAAAUUGAAAGACUAAGUCGAGCUCUAAAUCGACAACAAGCAGAAGUAAAGCGCCUCCAAGAUCAUCUGAAUCAUACAAGAGAGGGUAAUUUAACUGAAAUGGAAGACUUGAUGGAUGAAAUCUCUGCUCUCAGAAAUAUCCUAAGCAAUCAGAAUGAUUACAUUACCAGCAUAACGGAUCCAUUGAAAAGAAGAGGGUACUGGUACUUUGUGCCGUCUUCAACAAAACCAUCAAGCCUGAAGUCUCAAAACAGUCACACAAAAGAUUCUGGAUUCAGUUCUCUGCAUCAUGUUCCACCAUCUCCAAGUCAUGGAUCAAUUCCUAGAAGAGGAGGCAAGGAAGAGUAUACGUCAUCAGUUCCAGGAGGCUACUGGGUUUAUUCACCAAUAAGACGUACCUCACAAUGGACUCGUAUCCAUAGAGCAGGUGAUGAAGAAGAUAGUGGGACCGAAAGUGAUGAAAAUGGAACUCCUAAAGAAGCAUUUAUUGCCCCACCUGGAUCAGUUAUUUACACAAUGUACCCUGAUGCUACUCCUUUGCCGCAAGGGACUGUAGUAUAUGGACCUCCACCUGCACAACCAGCCAAUGUUACACCUGUCUGCCCAGGCACAAUUAUUUAUGGACCACCACCACCUGGUACACAAGUUGUUUAUGGACCUCCUCCUGUCAACUUUACCAUCCCUCUUAUUCCUGACGGUGUUCUUCACUGCAAUGUGCUGGAGCACCAUGAUCUGGAGAAUGAAGUCAGUAAACUAGAAGAUAUAGUAGCACAUUUAAGAUCUCGUAAAUCCAAGGAUCCAAAAACAACUGCUUCCGUAGAGCGUCAUCAUGAGCAGAUUGAACAACUUCGUCGUGACAUCCAAGACCUAUUGCAUGAGAGGGAAGAGUUGGAGCAAGAAGUUGAGGAACUGCACAAGGUGGUCCAUAAACGCAGCAAUCAAAAAGACUUUUUAGAUGGCCAUAUAGAUCUGCUUGUGAAUGAACUUGAAGUAGAAAAGUCCCUGAAGAGACAUGAUGAUGUCGUUGAUGAAAUUGAAUGUGUUGAAUUAACUCUCUCAAAGCGAAGGGCAGAGUUACGAGAAGCCGAUAGACUAUUAAUGGAGGCUGAGACGGAUCUCAAAAGUACGAGGGAAAAGACAAAAGAAAUGCUCCAACGAUAUGAUGAUUCCAGAAAACAUUUGGAAGACACUCAGAAAGAUGCAGAAGAGCUGGAGCAAAGGGCACAUGACACUGCAGUUAAAUUAGUUAAAGCUGAUGAGCAACUCAGACUAAUGAAGAAUGAUUUGAAAGACCUUGAACAACAUAAGGCAGAACAAGAGAGUAUGCUGAGAAAAGUUAACAAAGAAGUAUCUACAGGAAAUUUAGAAUUACAGACACUUGUACAGAAAAUGGAAAACAUGACUGAAAGCCUAGAAAAACUGCAAGCUGAAAUUAUUUUUGCAGAAACCAAAGCGAAACAGCACUUGGACAUGUUGAAAGAAGCAGCAAUGUUGUUAGAGGAGAAAAAGAGUGAAUUGGAAAGAUUGAAUAGCGAGGUUAAAGUGCUCCAGGAAGAGUUUGUGAUGUUGGACAGAUGUUCGGGCCAAAAGAAAGAAGAGCUUAACUUCCUGCAAAAUGAUAUUGACAAGAAGAAAGCAAGCCUUUCAGAGGUUCUUUUGGAUGGUGAGGCAGAGGUGGUCAAUAAACAGCGACAAAUUCGGGAACUGAAGGCAUUGCUUGAAGAGAUGAGUGCAAAGAAAGGAGAACUGAAUGCUCAAAUUACUGAGAAGAGUUCACACCUCUCCUUAUCAAAGCAAGAAGUGACAAAUGGGGAAGACAAGCUUCGAAGCAUCCAAGCGCAGAUAAAUAAGCAAAGGACAGAACUGAAGCAUGUUGUGGAAAUGGUGCAGUUAGAAAAUGAUCAACUCAUGGGGUUGAAAGAGCAGCAUGAUAAGAAAAUCAUGCAACUGGAGAGGACACACGCUACGCUGCAGAAGGAGAAGAGUGAACUGGAAAGCCUGCAGCUUAUCUCCCAGAGUCAGCAAGCAGAAAUAGAAAAUCUGAAACAAGGUUUUGAGAAGGAUCGGCAAGAAAUAGACCAGCUGAACUCAAAGAAAAAUUCCCUUCGGCACAAUAUUGAAUCUCUGGAUAAAGAGAAAAAACACAUUGGGGAGAAUUGCCUUGUGCUGGAGAAUAAACUUUCUCAAACAAAAAGAGCUGUUGAAGCCACGGAAGGUCUCAACAGAAAUGCUCUAUCUAAACUGCAGAAACUACAAACAGAGAUGAGUGAACUGAAUCAGGAAAUAAAUCAAAUUAAGAUCCAGAAGGACGAAUUAAAUAAGAAGACAGCAUAUACACAAAACUGUCUACAAGAGGAAAAGGCAGAACUGGAAAAGCUAAUUGAUAACUUCCGAAAUACUAAAGAUCAGCUGCAGUUAGCUGAACAGGAUCUUCAGAAUGUCACUAAAAAACAUGACAUGUUAAAAGCUGAGCAGCUGACUUUGAAAGAAAAUGUUAAUCAAAGCAAAAGUAAAUACCAAUUGUACCUGGAGAAUGGAAAAAAGAAAGCACAAGAGUUACUACGAAUUCAGCAACAAAUUGAGGAAAAACAGUGCGAACUCGCAGAACAGCAAAAGAUGUUGCAGUCUAUUAAAAAGGAUGUUAAAUGUGAGGAGACAAAAUUGGAGCAAUCUGCAACUAAAGUGAAGGACCAGAUCCAAGGUUUGGAGGCCGAAUUGUCAGACAAGAAAAAUGAACUGGACCAGGUAGUUGCGGAAGUGAACUUGAUGGAAGAACAAUCAAGAAAAAUACAACAUAAUGAGCAACAGUGCGUUGUUUUGGAGGGCCAAAUUGUCACCUUGAGGCAUCAGCUCUCUGAUCGGCAGCAACAGCACCAGGAGACAAUGAAUGAACUGUCAUUUCUUCAAAAAGAAAUUCAGUUCUCAAAAAACAAUGUAACCCAUCUUCAAGAGUGGAUUCAUUCAGAGAGGAAAAAGACAGAAAAGCAAGUUGCAGUCAUCACAGAAGAGUCCAAAGCUCAGAGAGCUCAGCUGGAGAAGGCUCUUAAUGAACAGAAAUACGUAAAUAACAGACUGCAGAAGGAAUUAUCUUCAGUAGACCAGGUUGCUCGUGAUAACCACACCCGAGCGGAAAGUGUCAUGAAUGAAUUGAGUGAGAUGAGAGAGAAAUAUUUUGAACUUAAACAACAGCUGAGAAGUCAGGAACAAAUGGAGCAACGUCAGAAAGAGAUAAAGGAAGCAAUAAGAAUACUUCGGUCCGAUGUUAAAGCAGAAAUUGGCAGUGGUUUGAAAGAUUUAGAUCCAUCUUAUGUGAAACCAGUGAAUGAUGUGGAUACCACUUUGGAAGAGGCAGAAACUCUUCUACAUGAAAAAGAAAGCCUUAAGGAGAAUUUCCCCUUUCCUGCCAAUGGGAGCAGGCACCCCACGUAUGAUGAGAAAUUAAGGACGAGCAAGUACAAUUUUAAGGACGAACAGUGGCGAGGAGAGGUGCUAAGAGAAAACCUACGACAACACGAAGAUCGUCUUAAGGCACAGAUUCGUCAAUGCAUGUCAGAACAGGCUGAAGUACUCGGUAUACGAAAGCAGCAGACAGAGGGUAAUCUGACAAGCCUGAGAAGGCGAGUUGAUGCCUUGGAUGAACUUGUUACCAGCAUGAAUGUAACUUCGUUUCAGCAACAUCAGCCCUCGUUGAAUGAUGGUCCAAAUAAGACUCCAGUCCACGGAAUAUUGAGGUCACCUUCCAGAAGACCAAGCGAAAAACCUUCACAGACAAGGAGUUCCCAUUUGCUUAUUACGGAACCACGAAUUUCUGAAAAAGAUCCAGAUGAUAGUUGGUAACUUUACAGUGAUCGUUGUUUCAUGAUAAAGAAUCUUCAAGUGUUGGAGGUGUCACUAACCACAAGUACUUCCAAGAAAACUGAUCUACCUCAGUUACUUCACUCCUGUGGAUCACCUUAUACAGGUUGUUGUGAUGUACACACUGUUGCCUUUUUACAAUGGUUGCUAUGAAAGUAUCCAGCAAGCAGUCCAAUGCAGGUAUUUGGGGAUACUGUUAUCUAUCUUAGUUGCUGUUGUAAGAUCUGGAUAUUUAAAUUUAACAAUAUUUUUAUACAGUUAUUGUACACAGUUCUGUGCUGUGAUUGCACAGUGAGUUCGUAUUUUGUAUUUAUAUAAAUCUUGUGCAUUUAUCUGUACAUUUUGUAUUUUAUCUUUUUGCAAUAAUAAAGAUUCAUUGAAAUA